UAUUUCUUGGUACACGACUGGUCAAUCGUGGAUGCAAUCGGAUUGAUCGCCAUGAGUCAAUCGCCUCAUUACUGGAUCGAGCCCAGCAAGCUGGAACUCAUGAAAGCACUGAAUGGCGCUUUUCUCGCUCUUUCUUGCUUCACAGUUGCUCUGCGUGUCUGGACGCGCACGAGGAUAGUCAGAUGCUGGGGUUGGGAUGACUACUUCAUUUUGUUAACUCUGGUGAGUGGUGAUCUUCUCUCGAUACGGGAGCAACUGUCUGACUUUUGCAUUAGNGCCGUGUUUAUUGGCGAGAGUGCUACGUGGUUGAAAUUGGCAGAUGUAGAGGGCAGACCUGCAUCUCUGGCCAAUCUAGAAACAUACGCUGCACUCAUCUGCGCCGAACAAGCCCUCUACAUCACCGGCACAGUCUGCCUCAAAAUCUCUCUAGCUUUCUUCUUCCUCCGCUUCCUGAUCGCUCGCUGGGCCCGCCACAUCGUCUGGAUAAGCGUCACCAUCUACACCAUCGUAGCAACCGCCAUGCUCUUCCUAGUCAUCUUCGAAUGCGGACUCCCAACCAACUACGUCGUCAAACAAGCAACAGGCCAAUGCGUCUCUUUCCACAUCCAGAGUUCUGUAGGCUAUGCCCACGGAGCGUUAAACGCACUCACCGAUUGGGUGUUUCCCAUCUUGGCUAUCCAGUUUUUGGUGCGCACGAAAUUCUCGAUCAUGGCUAAGGUUUCUUGUUGUGCGAUUUUGUUGCUUGCGGUGAUUGGUUCCAUCGCCAGCAUCGUGCGCACGAUCUAUAUUCCUAAACUCGGACCUGGCGGCAACAUCUACAGCAGGAGCGAAAGCCCGUUAAUCUGGACUUUGGUGGAAGGAGCUUUGGGCAUCAUUGCAGCAAGUCUGGCAACUCUACGUCCAUUAUUCCAGAGAUGUUCGNNGAGUAGAACAAAGGAGGUAUUGCAGAGUAAGAGCACUAGCGAUCGCUCGUCAACAAAACUUGGAAAGUCUUCUCUCAGCAGCACGCUCAAUUGCUUUGGCUCUACUCGACCUGUACUGGCAGAAUCACCCCAAGAAUCCGAGAUUGAGAAGUGCGAUACCCCUAUGGAUUCGGAGUUUGGCAAUUCUCCAAAGACGACGACGCGACAGCUGCAUUUGGGUAUUCUGAGCAGUGUGGCUACCGAGACGGAGAUAAAUACUAAGAUGAUAGAGGGGACGAGAACAACGACUUGGGCUACGAGGAGCGCGCUCUGA